CUGGUAACAUUGUCUGAUUUACAAAAUUCCCAAACAGCUGAAAAACUCGUUUGUUGACGUUUUCCACGAUUACCUCAGUCUACCAAUUUUCAAUUCUACAACAACAACAACAACAACAACAAAAAACAACGCAAAAGUCAAGUAAAUUUGGUUCAUCUAUUGGUUUGUGCAGCAAUUAAAUAGCCAGGCGAAAGAAUUAGUUUUAUUUUCGCAGUGGUUCUACUUCUCACACACAAAAUUCUUUCAUAGUAAAAAUUUUAAGUGAAAACUAAUUGUAAAAGUUUAUGAAAAAUUGCAAACCUUUGAGAGUGGAGCUAAGAUUGAAAAAUAUUGCGAGAAGCAAAACGCAACUGUCUGGUUGAACUUUGAUCAACCGACGGAGUGUGACGUGAGCAUUAACUAUGUAUGUACCAGCGUAAAAAAAAAACAAAUAUAAAUAAAAAAUGUAAAUAUUCAGUGACUAAGUACCAUAAACUUCUUUUGCUGCGGUAAACAGUGCUAGCUUGCGUUCUGCAACGGGGGCGUUACCAAACGCUUUUCCAGCUUUUCAGUUGCCCUAUACAUAAAUUUCAUGGUAUUCAAUUUAACAUGUUUGGUAUCAGUAGAAAAUUUGAGAAUAAAGUGAAAGUUUAACGCGCUACUUGCGUGUGCUAAAUGUUCAGCUUUUGUUUUUGUUGGAUAUUUCCAAUGUGCAUUUCGGUGACCACUGCACUGUCGUGUUUGGAAGUAAACGAAGUGGCAAAAAAAAUAAAACACAAUAAAAACCACAGACACUUAGGAGAGUGGUGGUAGAAACAGAGCGGAUAAGCAGCUCCCUUCACACGUGUAAACCUACACAUAUAAAUAUGGAGUGUAAUGAGUUGACAGUUGGGGUCAAAUUGGACCCUGAAAUGAUUGUCAGCGACAGUGGGAAAACGCAAGUUGACAAGCUUAGUUCAAAUAUAAACGAGCAGCUAUCUAACGGUGAUAAUACCUACACAACACCACCCUCGCCACCGCCUACACCUAAAUCGCUGCCCUGCUCGUCAGCCGCCUCAACAGCCUCGUCUGCUGAAUUCAUCACAACGCAACACGACGAUCAACCGAUGGCGGAGCCUUUAUCUGCUAAAAAUGAGCAGCCCGCUUUGCAGCCCUUAUACGCACAAUUGCUUGAGCAGUGCAUCGAACAUGCCAACCACUUUAGAGAUGAUCACUCGGAGAAGGGACAGCGUCUGUAUGGCGCGUUUGUCGCCUGGCAAGAUUUUAUACGUUUGGCGAAUAAGCUUGUGCUUCAGAUAGACGCUUUCGCUUACAAAUACGAUUUUGACGAGCAUACGCCGGGUAAUGGCUAUCGCAGCUUUAUAUCUGUAACGAAUGCAUCUAUCACAUAUGGACAAAAUAUAUGCAAGAAUGUUCACGCAACGCGUGCCACCAUGUUUUUUCGUAAGAAAUACUACAUGAAGGAGGUGGAGUCGUGCUCGCAGCUGCUAUCCUCGUUGUGCACCUGCCUGCACUAUUUGCUUAUCAUGCACGAUUGGUCAUGCGAUUCGGGCGACUUGUUCGCCAAUGGCCAUCACUCAGCGGAGGAAUUGUUCGAAAUGGGCGAUACGAUCAAUCAGUAUGCCUUCUAUGGUCGUUGUCUUGGUUUUCAGUAUGACAAUUCAAUACGCGGUGUGUUGCGUUUUAUUUCCAUUGGUAUGGCGAGCUUCUCCGAAGUGUUCUACGCUCAAAGCGAGGGCAAAAUAACGAAGACGACACGUGGUCUCUGGACAGGCAGCAAAUAUUUUUUGAAUCCAGAACAAUGCGCGCGACGCAUUGUGAAUAUUUCACAGAAUGCUAAAAUCGACUUUUGUAAAGCCUUUUGGUUUCUCGCCGAAUCGGAGAUGAUGCAUACCAUACCGACUAUUGUCGGCAGCUCGGUGAGAGUGAAUCGUGUGAUUGAAAUACCGCCAGAGCCGUUGCAGUUGUCGCGUGUUACAAAGUCACAAAAGCUACGCACUGCGACCGAUGUUAAUCAAAAUGACAAUGCCGAACUGAUCGAUAUACCUUUACCAACCGCACACAUCGGGCCCGGCAAUUCAAUUCGCGUGCGUUUGUUGAGUUAUACACGUCGCGAGGGCAUGAUCGGUGAGGGCAUGUUUGCACGUAGCUGGCGUCGCCUACCAGCACGCAGUCGUAGCGUACUAUUCCAUUGUCAUGGUGGUGGUUUUGUGGCGCAGUCAUCGAAAUCGCACGAGCUCUAUCUACGCGAUUGGGCUGCGGCGCUUGACGUGCCGAUUAUUUCUGUGGAUUACAGUCUCGCGCCCGAGGCGCCCUUUCCACGCGCACUGGAGGAAGUAUUUUACGCUUACUGUUGGAUGUUGCGUAAUGCCGAGCAUUUAGGCACGACCGCUGAGCGCAUUGUGCUUGCCGGCGAUUCGGCGGGUGCAAAUCUUUGCAUUGGUGUGGCACUAAAGUGCAUUGAGCAGGGUGUACGUAUACCGGACGGCCUGUUUUUGGCCUAUUGCCCAACCUUAAUUAGUUUCGUGCCGAGUCCGGCGCGUCUGUUGUGCCUCAUGGAUCCGUUGUUGCCUUUCGGUUUUAUGAUGCGUUGCUUGCGCGCUUACGCCUCACCCGAACGCGAGCAGAUGGCGGCGAAUGCAAAACAUGUAUCCGAAAUGUCUGAUAUACGCAAUGCGACACCGUCACAAGAGCGUCAUUUCACUUUACAAAUGGAAAAGGAGUAUAGUGCGGCGUCUAGCAGGCGUACAUCGGCAGCGAAGAGCCCGAUAUCAUCGGUUGCGGAGAAUUCAAAGUGGGAGCAAAUGUUGAAAGACGGCACUGCAUUGGACAUGAAUGCUAUGGAGGCAGAUGCUGCGACGGAAGAGAGUAGUGAUACUUUUGCGAGCGCAUCUUAUCAUAGCCAAACAGUUGAACGUACCGAUUUACCAUCCGCCGAAGAGGACAACAGUCUUUGUGUUUCUUUCGAAGACGACUCUCAGCCAAUCGUACACUAUCCCAUACAACUAACUGCCGAAACGCAAAAAGACUCGGACUCAGAGCAGUACAUCGAUCGGUUUUUGGACCAAUAUCUCAUCGACACAAAUACACAAGAGGCCACGGAGCAAAAAGUCAAUGGCUAUAAGGUGACGAAUGGCACAACAUAUACGAAUUGUAUUGCGCCAACAAUAGCGCGCACAGCAUCCGAAGAGAAUAUCAUCAUAGAUACCGGCAAAGAAAUAAUCGCUUUUGAAACUAUUCAUGGACGAUUCAAUAAUGCCUUCAAUGCGCUAACAACGACCUUCGAUCGUUACACCAAAUCGAGUGAGAUAGGUGGCGAUGCAGCGCAUGCCGAGCGCAUAAAAGAUUUGCGCAACAUGGAUGCGCUGAUAGCGCGUAGCCCUAGCUUAGAGUUUGCAUUUCAAGUGCCAAAAGAUCCAUUCCUUUCGCCCUAUUGGGCAAGCGAUGAUUGGCUUAAGCAGCUGCCAAAUACAAAGAUUUUGACGCUCGAUAUGGAUCCCUGUCUCGAUGAUUGCGUCAUGUUUGCGCGUAAGCUAAAGAAAUUGGGUCGUCCAGUGACAUUGGAGAUAUUAAAGGGCCUACCACACGGCUUUCUGAACUUUACAAUGUAUUCGAGCGAGGCCCGCGACGGUUCCAAGCGUUGCAUUGCAAGCCUUAAAGCACUGCUGUCAAUUCCGGCGGAUACUCCAUUAAAUGGUCAUGCGGCAGGAAGUAAAUAAUUAAUGUUGUAACAGUUUCAUAAUAUUUUUACCAUAUACACAUUGAAAUACUUUAUAAAUUAUUAAGGCAACAUAAAGCAACAAAAGUAUGGGAUUUAUACUCUACUAAAUAAAUAUAUUAAUAGCAGGGUAUACAAUAUUAGAGUGAGUAUUAGUUAUGAGUAUUCAUAUAAAAUGCAUUAUAUAUAUGCGAAUAUGCAAAAUUAAAAAUAUUAGUCACAUGCAAUAAGCCUAAGCUACUUUCAAAUGCGAAAACAGUUUUAACACCGAAAACAAAAUAUUGUAAAGCCUUCGAAAAAGCAAUUGUAUUAUGACAGCAAAUGCAAAUUGUGAUAGGUUAAGUGUAUAAUUUAUUUUUGCUUUAUCUAAUGCUGCAAUUUAGUUACUUGUGUUCUUUUUGUUAUAUUAUCAAACAUUUUUUAAAUAUGCUAAUUUGUUAAACUCGAAUUUUUAUUUAAUAAGUAAGCGUGGCAAACUUGUUUAGGAAAGAAGCGCAAACGCUUGAACUUUCUGUUUGAAUUUUUUUUAUAUAUUAUAUUUUAUUAUUUAUUUUUGUGCAGAAAAGCUAGAAAAAAGUUUCAAUAAAUGACAAAACUAACUUUUUGUUUUAAAAAAAUAAAUUUUUAACAGCAAUAAUCUUUUUUCUAACAUUUCUGUGUAUAUUAUAGUGCAUUUCUUAUCAAAUUUAAUUUUAAUUAGCUUUUAUUUUACUACUUAAUUGCAUUUUAUUUUAUGCUACUUCAUUUUCCUUAAUAUACGAGGUGUGUUCAAAGCAAAAGGUGAAUUUUGAUUUUUCGCGUUUUCUAUACAUUCGAUUAUCAGUAUUUGUUUUUGUUAUAAUCUUGAACACUUGAAAUGUUGACUGUGGCAUUCGCUGAGUCCACUUUGUCUCAAAAUAGUGUUUACAAGUGGUACAAGCGCUUUACAGGAAUUGCCAGCACGUCAACAAGCGAAGAAAACAUCGAAGCAGUGAAGAAAAUUGUUCUUAAAAAUCGUCGAAUUUUUGUGCCGAAAUUGCUAAAUUUUGAGCAAAAGCAAUGUCGCAUUAGUAUCGCUCAGGAGUUGUUGAAUGACGUCAACCAUUUUUUUAUUUUAUUUUUAUUCACCAAAUUUGGCUCCCUGCGACUUUUCCCUAUGCCCAAAACUAAAGAAAGCAAUGAACAGAAAGUGUUUCGCCACAAUUGAUGA